ACGGCAGCAUGCCAGAUGCCAUCACAAAGAAACCCCAGCAUCCUCACCACAGCUAUGGGGCAGGCAUUAUGAAGCCCAUUUUCCAGCUGGGGAAACUGAGGCUCAGAGGCUAUAAAUAACAGGUCCAGAGAGCACAACUGGUAAGUGGCAGAACCCAAGCAGGCCGACUCCAGAGGCGGUGCUCCUUCUCCAACUCACCACAGCUGUGGGCAGGCAGAUGCGUCAGCUCUGGCUGUGUGUGUGUGUGUGUGUGUGUGUGUGUGUGUGUGUGUCCCGGUGAGGGCCUAGAAAAUGAUGCUGUUGCCUUCUCCCGGCUCCUGCUGGCUUUUUCUCCUCCAGCACCUGGCCCUUAACCCUUCCAGGCUGAGUGCUCAGAGGCCACAUCAUUCAUUCACUUGCUACCUACAUGUCAUCUCACUGCCUCUGGACAGGCCACCUGGUAUGCUGUUCGUGGUGCCCCCUUCCCUCCAAAGCCAAGACUGGAUGGCCCUGAGCAGCAGAGUGUGGGCCCAGGUUCCACAGGACCCCCGCCCAGCCCCGGAGCUCCUGCCCCAUGCCACUGGCAGCAAUCUUGGAGACGCGUGCGUGGUGGGGACCAUCAACCCAGAGCUCUACAAGUUCCCAGGGGACAAAAGUGAGACCAACUUCCCCGAGGGCUGCCUGGGGCGGCUGUGGUUCUCCGUGGAGUACCAGCAGGAGGCGGAGCGGCUGCUGGUGGGUCUGAUCAAGGCGCAGCGACUGCAAGCCCCCUCUGAGAGCUGUAGCCCCUUGGUGAAGCUCCACCUGCUGCCCGAUGAGCGCCGCUUCCUCCAGUCCAAGACCAGACGCAGAACCUCCAGCCCACAGUUCGACGAGCACUUCAUCUUCCAGGUGUCCAGCAAGAGCGUCACCCAGAGAGUGCUGAGGUUCUUGGUGUACCACGUAGACAGGCAGAGGAAGCACCAGCUCCUGGGUCAGGUGCUGUUUCCCCUGAAGGAGAUCCUGGAGAGAGACGGCCAGUGCAUCAUCUGGAGAGACCUGGAGGCCGAGAGCCUGGAGGUACAGCCUCCCUCCGAAUUUGGCGACCUCCAGUUCUGCCUCAGCUACAAUGACUGCCUGAACCGCCUCACGGUGGUUGUGCUUCAAGCCAAGGGUCUCCGGCUCCAGGAGGAUGCCAGUUUUGUCAGUGUGUUUGUCAAAGUGUCUCUGAUCAACCACAACAAGUUUGUCAAGUGCAAGAAGACUUCGGCCGUGCUGGGCUCUGCGGACCCUGUGUACAACGAGACCUUCAGCUUCAGGGCCGACCCCACUGAGCUGGACACGGCCAGCCUCAGGCUGACAGUGCUGCAAAGCGCGGAAGGGGACAAGAGCCACGAGCUGGGCCGGGUGAUGGUGGGCCCCUACAUGUACACCCGCGGCAAAGAGCUGGAGCACUGGAACGAGAUGCUUAGCAAACCCAAGGAGCUGGUGAGGCGCUGGCAUGCGCUCUGCCACACCACGGAGCCCUGACCUGGGUGGGCAGGGACCUCGGGUCUGCUUUACAGCCAGGCGUGACAGCCAUAGGCUUGGACACUGCAUCCAGCAUUGCACUGGGCUGCAGGGUCAUGAAUGCUGUUGUGCAGAAGAGAAGAGGGGACAAGAAAGCCCCGGCUGGGGCAGCGGUGUGGCUGGUGGGUUACACCUCUCCAGCCUGAGAGGCCCUCGCAACUCACUCCAUCCUUCUUUACCCGUGGGACUGCCUGGGCUGAGAAUCCUGGCUCCUGGUCAUCCCAGUCACGACUUAGAUCAGAAUCUCAGGUGUUCAGAAGAAAUAUUCUCCUUAGGGACAGCAUAGCUGUGUAUGCUGUGUGGAAGUGCCGGGUAAGCUUGGAAAGCUGAUAAUGGGUCGCUUCUCAGCCUACACUGUUUCUCAACUGUGGUUUAUCUGCCUUCUGCCUGGAGGCAAAAACAGACUGCUCUGCAGGAAAUAAUGAGGGUCGGAGGAGAUGCCUAAAGCGCUUACUUCAGUUGGUCUACAAUAAAAAGCACAGCCUGAGAACUGGGUUCGGCUUGCAUGUUUGGGAUCAUCCCAGGAUGCUCGGGCAGCACAGUUUGGGAGAGCGAGCUCUCAGGGAUCCAGACUCUCUAUAGCUUCACACCUGCGGGAGAAUGCCGUGAGCAGCUGCACUGGUACCCAGUGGUGGAGAGGUUCUCAGCCUCCGCUCCCUGGGCCAGAUGAGAAGGGCCUAACUUGUGCAUUAGGUCCCUCCCCAGGGCUGUGUCUAAUCCUGCCCCAUAUCAUGUCAAGUCUUGCCCCCAGCCUACCCUCCCCAAGACCUCACACCGCUGGUCUGCUGCUGAUUUCUGUGUCUCCCAGGUUAGCGUUCAGCUCCUGGGGCUCUCACUUAAGGCAAGAAAUGGUGAAAGCUCGCAGCCAAAGCAGGGCCCGCAGAGCUGAGGGCUUUUCUUUGUAAACCUAGCCGUUCUGUCAUGAUUACUGUGUUGUGGUAGGUGUCGGUGUAAAAUUGAUGAAGAUGGAAGUUCCCACAAACCACCAUCAUCAACUCCCCAUAAAGCUGUACUCAAGGUCACCGGCAGCCCUUGGGCUGGUCACUGUUACUUAAUGGGCAGUUUGUGUUUUCACCUCUGUGCUACUGAACUUGCAGAUUCAAGCCCCAUUACUGUAUAAGUAAAGCAAUACUUAAAACAGUAAGUAUCAUCUCUUACACACUGAAACAACUUCAGCAAGAGAAUGUAGUGACUGUUGCCCUCGGUCUGUGCCUCUUUGAUGGCACUUUCAAUCUCUGUCAAUGCACUGAUACAAGCUUUGCCCGACAGUGGUCCGUAUGCAGUACUUUGUGUUUGCUUUUCCUUACUUAUUUCGUGUGCACAUUUUCAAUGUAGUCCACACUCCAGGAAUUUCUAAUAGUGUCAGGGCACACAUGUAAUAGGCAUUCUCUAUGUGUUUGUAUAGCCAGCUACUAAAACGGAACUGUUCCCUUUUCACCUGGAAUCCUGAGACCAUAGGUGCCAACCAUCCCCAUAUUUCAAGGGGAGGUUCAUGCCUUUCCACAGCCACUUGGAAAAGUUGGUAAGUGUCCCCUUCGCAUGGACGGGUAUGUUUGACUCACAGUUAAAAAAUCUCAGUGGCAAGAGACUGGCAGGCUCUCUGCUCUGAUGGGGAGGUGAGAGAUGCUGUAUUGGGUUGGCCACUGUCUACAGACUACCAUUGAAAACUACUAUUAGCUAGUCUUUCUU